GUGCUAACCAAGUCAACUACAUCGUUUGGAAUCUUUUUUUUUUUUUUGAUUUUUUAUAUACAUUUUUCCGUGCAAGGAAAUUACUUUUCGAAUAUACACAAAAGAACAGCCUUAGGCACACGCUUGAAUUGAAUGUCCGGCGUGAUGAACCAGCAAAAUUGCGACAAGAUCAACAGGAGGCUCUACAACAGGGGGGCACCCAAUGCCGGUCGCAACGAGCUACCAGUGAUGGCCGCCUGGCCCAAGUCACUGGCCAACUGCCCUGAGAUGGCCAAGCUUUCGAUCAAGCCAGAGCCAAUAACCGAUGGACACGGAGGCGGUGGCGGCGGUGCACAUGUCAUGUACCGUCGCGGUCAGAUUCUAUCCAUUGGUCUUCUAUUGGCCGAUCAAUUGGCCGAUCCAAAGACUGAAAAUCAGAUCUGGCCAUUGUGCAAUGAGGUGAAGAAGCGCCUUCGCUCUGUUGGCAUCUAUAAGAAUCGCUUGGUCGCUCCCCCAUCAGUUUUUACAACCGAAUGCGCUGGCGAUCCAGGCGCAAUUGGCUGUGGCAAUUGGAGGCUCAAUGGGGGUCGAUUCUCCAAUUAGUGGGGGCAGAAGCUCAAUUUCCCCGCCCCCCACACACAUUUCGAAUACUUCCUCCACAAUAGAUUCCAUCUUGGCCACACACAAAAUUAUGAUAUUUUAUAUCGCAGUUUCCUUGUAAAAUCUCAAAUUAAAUUGUUCCUUAGUUAUGCAAAUUAAAAACAUAUGUAUGUCUGUGAU